GCCCGCUGAGGCCAACUGAAGAAGGCUCUCUUCUCCCAGUCUGUCAACGUUGGCUGCCUCCAGUUUCUCUUCUUCAGUUUUUCCUCCCACUGCUGAGUCUUGACUUUCCGGCUUCCGGCAUUUCUCUUCUUUAUAUAUAUUCUCACAAUCCCAACCAACUGAGCUUGCACAACCACCAUUAACUAUUAUGGGAAGUCGAGCGAAGGCGGAGGCAGAGGAGGAGGAGGAGGAGGAGAAGUUUGACUCGUCUCGUGACCCGCGGGCGCUGUGUCUGUACGGGGACGUGCUGGAGGCGGUGGCGUCGCGCGUGCCGACCCUCGACCUCGUGUCGGCCUCCCGCGUCUCGCGGGAGUGGCGCCGCGCGGUCCGCGCCGCCCUCCGCCGCCGCCCCCGCCGCUCCCCCUGGCUCCUCCUCCGCCUCCACCGCCCCACCUCCACGUCCGCGUCCGCGCGCGGCACCCUCCUCGCCUACGACCCCCACUCCCGCACGUGGCUCCCCCCGCUCCCGCACGUGCGCGGCCCUCCCCCGCCCCCGCACCUCCCCCUCCCCCGCGCCUCCCCCGCGCUCCACGCCGCGUCCCUCUCCGCCAUGGCCGUCGCCCGCGACCCCUUCGGCGCCACGUGGCGCGCGGUGGAGGCCCCGCGCGUGUGGCGCGUGGACCCCGUGGUGGUGCGGGGGCCGGGCGGAUCCGACGGCUGGGAGCCCUGCGACCCGAUCCCGGCCGCCUUCGACGGCUCCAAGUCCGCCACGUGGCUCUCUGCGGCCACGUCGGACAGCCGCGUCUACAUCACCGACAAGAACCGCGGGUGGACGAGCUGGUUCGACCUGGAAACCAAGAAGUGGGGCCCGACGCGGCAGCUGCGUCCGGACCCCGCCGCCGCAUCAUUCGCCAUCGGAGUAUUAUCCGGCUACAACAACAACAACAACGAUCGCCACCGCCACCGCCACCGCCACCGCCUGGUGUUGGCUACGGCUGGACGAAGAGAAGGAAGAGUCGAGGUGAGGUUGUGGGAGGCCGACGCGGAGACGCUGGACGUGGUCGAAGGAAAAUGCGCGGCGGCGGAGAUGCCGAAAGAGUUCGCAAGAAGAAUGUUUCAAGAAAUAACAGAAGAGGAAUCAGACGAGGAUGAUAGAUCAUGGGGGAGCAGCAGUUUGAGUGUAGGAUUGUGCAGCAGCGGCGACGGCGGGUACGUAUACAACGGCUCGGAUCUGAGGAAGGGGAUGGUGAGGUUCUACGAUUACUACUACUACUACCACGACGAGGACGGAAGGACAGCGUCCUGCAAAUGGGAAUGGAUAGGAGUUCCGAUGAUAAUGCAGAAAGAAAAGGUCGUGGAUAGGGUCGUGGUGGUGGGCUGCACCGUCGUCGGAUUGGAUGACUUGGCUCUGCUCUUUCCUUAUUAAUUAGUCCUGCAGUAUCAGAAAUAUAAUCGCCAAUUUAAUUAAAUUAUUAAAUUAUAUGAAAUAAUCGUUGUAUUUAUGAAUAUAUUUAAGCAAUCAGAACUAUAUGCUAGCAUCUGGAUUGAGCAUUACAUUCUCAGUUUUAAACUCCAUGUAAACUAUUUUAAAUUUAUUUUAUUUUUGUUCCAAUUUUUUUUUUUUUUUCUCUGAUAAGAGAAGCGUAAUCAUAAGGUGAUGAAAGAGUUGCUAAUAAAAAAUUGCUUCUUGUAUA